AUGGAGAAGCUCACCCACGUCGAGAGCAAUGACAAAGUGGUGGCGCCGGAGCAUCUGCAGGCAUCUGGCGACGUGCUUACGGUGCACGAGGAGCGCGACCUCAAGCGUGGUCUCUCCCAGCGCCAUGUCUCCAUGAUCGCACUUGCCGGCGCGAUCGGGACCGGUCUCUUCCUCUCUUUGGGAGGUAGUAUCUCGACCGGUGGUCCCCGCGGCUCACUACUGGGCUAUCUGUUCAUUGGUCUCAUCGUAUGCGCCGUACAGUUCGCUCUCGGCGAAGUGUCAACCCUCCUUCCCGUCACUGGCUCGUUCGUGCAACACGCCGAGGCUAUUACAGACCCAGCCCUGGGCUUUGCGCUUGGCUGGACCAUCGUCUACGGCACCUGGCUAUCGAUCCCCUCGGAGAUAUCCGCCAUCUGCGUCCUCUUCGGAUACUGGACGGACGUAAACCCCUCAGCCUGGAUCAUGACUUUCAUUGUCCUAACUGCCCUCGUUGCGUACAGCAAGAUCCGCUAUUUCGGAGAGAUCGAAUUCGUCUUGGCCAUCCUCAAGAUCCUGCUUAUCGUGGGCAUUAUCUUCCUCGGUCUCAUCACUGCUCUGGGCGGCGUGAGAGGCGUAGAGCGCGUAGGAUUCCGAUACUGGCGCGAUCCGGGGCCGUUCGUGCCGUACAUCGCGGAGGGGAGUUGGGGCCGAUUCCUCGGUUUCUGGAGCGUGCUGAUUAACGCCGUCUUCUCCUUCUCGGGGAUCGAGAGUAUAGCUAUGGCGGCGGCCGAAAUGAAGCACCCACGUGCAGUCAUACCGAAAGCCUGCAAGAGGGUUUUCGCCAGGGUCGCCCUCUUCUACGUCCUCGCGGUCCUUGUCGUCGGCAUGAUCGUGCCCUCCAACGACCCCCGGCUUGCCGAAGACUCAGGAACAGCGGCGACCUCGCCAUUUGUUCUCGCCACGGCAGCGGCAGGGGUCAAGGCGAUCCCGCACAUUGUCAACGCUGUUGUGAUCACCAGCGCAUGGAGUAGCGGUAACCAGGCUCUCCUGUCCGGUUCGCGCGUUCUCUACUCCCUUGCACUGAAGGGGCAAGCGCCUCGCCUCUUCCUCCGCACGACCCGAUGGGGCACCCCUUGGGCAGCAGUGACAACUUACGUCCUGAGUUCGUUCCUCGCAUUCAUGGCACUUAGUUCUAGCGCUAUCACAGUGUUCUAUUGGUUCGUCUCGCUUGUCGGCUGCGGCGUCCUCAUAUCCUGGUCGUGCGUGCUCGUCAACCAUAUUCGCCUACGCAUGGCUUUCCGUGUACAGGGGAUCGAUCCUCACCGGCUUCCAUGGCACAACUCGUGGACCCCCUACUCGUCUGCUGUCGCCCUGUUUUUCUGCAUCGUCAUCCUCCUGACUAACGGCUUUGCCGUGUUCACAAAGGGCAACUGGUCGGUAUCCGGCUUCAUCACUGCCUACCUGGAUAUUGGUCUAGUCGCAGUUGUCUUCUUAGGCUGGAAGCUCAUCAAGAAGACGCGCUGGGUCCAUCUCGCCGACAUACCGCUCGAGGAGAUCCUGUCGGCCAUUGAGGCGCUCCCGGAGGAGAAGGUUAAGCAGUCACCACGGCCCCUACGAUUCAUCUCGUGGCUUUGGGACUAG